CAUCUCUUUUGUUUGGGUUAAACCGUUACUGUGUCUUUUUUUUUUAUAUCUCUUUUGGCUGUCUCAUCUUCCUUUGAGCAAUCUGACCAGAGGUAGUUGACUCACUUACUGCAUUUGAAUUAUUCCUUUCCCUUAGUAAGAGUUGAUGAACCUCAUAAGAAGAUAAAGCAUAUCUUUGAGGAGCUUCAUUGACGUUUCAUAUCAUUCUUCUACCCUGAGCUGGUGGAUGAGAACAGCCAGAAUUUCAGAUAUAACUCAUUUGAUGAAUUGCCUGUGUAGAUUUAGGGUACUUCCUAAUUCUUCAUAAUUCAGAUGUUCCCUUUUCCUGCUGUUGAAUUCCAGCCUUCAAGAACCUGUACGUCUUUUCAAGUGAAGUCAUACUUCUGCUAAGAGCACUCCAAUAUACUGCACAUGCUUACAUGGUCUAAAAGGUGAAUGGGGAUAGAAGGUGGAGGGAGAUUAGUUGGAUGGACAAAAUAGAGAGAAUGUAAUGGAUUGAUUUGGUGUUUUUGGUUGGGUUUGACUGAAAGAACAAGGAAAACAAUUGGUCAUGGACGGUCAGAACUUAAUUUCUCACCAAUUCUGCCAUCCAGGCAUAAAUCAGAUCAAGAAUGCUGGAGUUGCAUUAUCAUUGCGUUAUGGAUUUAACAGUUCAAGAAUCUCCUUGAUUCGAAACCCAGAUGCUCUUGCUGUCCGGGGAAAGGACACCCGUCUUUCCCAUGUCAAGGGAAACCACAACAGAGAUGGAGAAUCUUUAUCAAAUUCUCAAGCUAUUGCCAAGAAAGGCAUAGUGUUAAAUCAAAAGAAAGGAAAGAAGCAGCACCACCUUUGGCAGAAAAGGGAUUCAGCUGGAUCUGGUCAAAAGGCUUUCAACCUUGUCAGAAUUAUUUCUGAUCUUCCUAAUGAGAAAGAGGCUGUUUAUAGAGCAUUGGAUAAAUGGACAGCUUGGGAGGUGGAGUUUCCAUUGAUUGCCGUAGCAAAGGCUUUGAGGAAAUUGAAAAGUAGAAAACAAUGGCUGCGUGUGAUUCAGGUUGCAAAGUGGAUGCUGGGCAAAGGUCAGGGAGCAACAAUGGGAACAUAUGAUACCCUACUACUGGCAUUUGAUGUGGAUGGGAGGGUUGAUGAGGCUGAAUCAUUGUGGAACAUGAUCUUGCACACGCAUACGCGCUCAAUCUCAAAGCGGUUAUUUUCUAGGAUGAUCUCUUUGUAUGAUCACCAUGACAUGCAAGAUAAAAUAAUAGAGGUCUUUGCGGACAUGGAAGAGUUGGGUGUGAGGCCAGAUGAAGAUACUGUCAGGAGAGUAGCACGCGCCUUUGGGGGACUUGGUCAAGAAGAAAAGCGGACGCUGUUCCUUAAAAGAUACCAAUGUAAGUGGAAGUACAUCCAUUUCAACGGGGAGCGAGUUAGAGUGAGUAGGCACACCUUGGAGGAAGAUGAAUGAACUGUUUCCAAAAGCAAGAAAGACGAUGGUAAUAGCAAAACCAUCUUCGUAAAUAUCUUCUGUCACUUAUACUGAUGAUAUAACUGAUCUGGUGGGAGCCCUUCAUCUGUACAAAUUCGUAUUUUUAGCCUCUUUUCCCAGAUCAAGCAAAUUCUCUUUCCCAUGGACCUGUGUUUAAAAAUUGAAGAUAUCCCUGCAGAAUCACAAUUUGGUUCCA